GGUGAAUUGGUUAACCUGCCGACUCAGAGUUGACUGUAGUCUGCAGCUGGGAAAUGAGGACGUUGAAUUGGGAAGAGGGACAAAUGAGUGUUUGAACUUUGGAGUGGACUAUUCAUGGGUUGGGAAACGCUAUCUUUAUCUUUCAAAUACACGGUGCUAAAACACUAGAGAGAGAUAAGAUUUAGUAUCAUAUCUGAAAGAGUCAUCCAGGUGCCACAGUAGUGUCUCAUACAAAUCAGACAUUGAAUGGAUGUGUGUGGCGAAGAUUUGUGACUGACAGGUGUUCACAUAAGUGGUGAAAAUGUCUCUUUUCAAAAAGCGUACACCUAAAAAGGAGAGUAAUCCUGUUCCAGAAUCAAAUGGUGAUAUAAGUGAUCCAAAACGUCAUCAAAAUGGUACCAAGACGGUGCCGGAAAAAGUUUCAGAUUCAUCGGUUGGACGUCCGAAGUUAAUUUUUCAUUGUCAGCAGGCCCAUGGAAGCCCGACUGGGCUAAUUUCGGGGUUUUCUAACGUCAGGGAGCUCUACCAGAAGAUUGCAGAAUGCUACGAAUUUCCCGCUGAUGAUAUCUUGUUCUGCACAUUAAACACACACAAAGUUGAUAUGACCAAACUUCUGGGAGGUCAGAUUGGACUGGAUGAUUUUAUAUUUGUACACAGAAAAGGCCGGCCUAAAGAAAUUGAAAUUACAAAAACAGAAGAUGCACUUGGACUAACAAUCACUGACAAUGGAGCUGGCUAUGCUUUUAUCAAGAGAAUCAAAGAAGGGAGUGUCAUUGACACCAUUAAGCAUAUCCAGGUUGGUGACCAUAUUGAAAAGAUCAACUCUGAGAAUCUUGUGGGAAGACGACAUUUUGAAGUUGCAAAAAUGCUCAAGGAAAUUCCAAGAGAUAGCAUAUUUACAAUUAGGCUUGUGGAACCACUUAAGGAUGGCUUCAUUAAUGUGGGGCCUAAAGGUGAUGCUCGCAAGGGUAAGAAGGCAAACUACGGGACUGGAAAGGAGACGCUCAGGUUCAGAGCCAAUGGAGAGGCACAGAUAGAGCAGGCUACUGAUGAGCAGCAGGUUGCAAUUGAGAAAAUCAAUAACUUGCUGGAGAGCUUCAUGGGAAUAAAUGAUUCAGAACUUGCUGCACUCAUUUGGGAGCAAGCACAAGGCAAAACAAAUAGCAUGGAUUUUGCAGAAGCCAUAGACAGUUCUGAACUGGAAGAAUUUGGAUUCACAGAUGAAUUUAUCAUUGAAUUAUGGGGAGUAAUUACAGAUGCACGAUCUGGGCGGCUGAAAUGAACAUAAGAGUGCAUUGGGAGCAUGUUCAUAUGAAGGUUGUGUUGUCAUGAGCACUGCAGUAUACAACAAACUGAACUACAUAUUUUAAGAACAAUGUUAUAUUAUAAUUAAUCCUUUUUAAAACAGAAAGGUUUUUUCUAAGAUACAAAAUACUUUAUA